CUCGGGCACAUACACACACACAUACACACACACACACAGAGGCAGACACACACAUUCACUAUUACUCACUCCUUUCUCUUUUCAAAAGGCCCUUGUGAGGCAGAUUGACAGGCUAGAAUGAAAAUGAGGCGGACGCUCGGUCACGACUUCAGUGCGUACGCGUCCUUUUGAGCAGACCUCUAAACUUGGAUCGUAUCACCAUGGGAGCUAUUUGGGCUACAAGGGACUUUUGUUUGUUUUUGCUCUUGUUAAAUAGUCGCCAAAGCGCUGCGCUUCCAGAGAUUCGAGCAGACCCAUGUGCAGAGGAGAGUGAUGGCUGUCACAUCGAUGCUAUUUGUCAGUCGACCCUGCAGGGCUCAUACAAGUGCACAUGUAAAGCAGGCUUCAAAGGAGAUGGCAAGCACUGUGAAGACACUGAUGAAUGUGACCUGGAGUACAAUGGUGGCUGUGUACAUGAAUGCAACAAUAUACCGGGAAAUUAUCGCUGCACUUGCUAUGAUGGCUUCAAUUUGGCCCACGACGGUCAUAACUGUUUGGAUGUGGACGAAUGUAAGUUCAACAACGGCGGCUGCCAGCACACUUGUGUCAACACCAUGGGUAGCUAUGAGUGCCGCUGCAAGGACGGAUUCUUCCUCAGCGACAAUCAGCACACAUGCAUCCACCGUUCUGUUGAGGGCCUCAACUGUAUGAAUAAGGAGCACGGCUGCGCCCACAUCUGUAAAGAGACACCCAAGGGGGGCGUGGCCUGUGAGUGUCGACCGGGGUUCGAGCUGGCCCGCAACCAGAGAGGCUGCAUCUUGACGUGUAACCAUGGCAAUGGGGGGUGCCAACACACCUGUGAGGACACAGAGAGCGGCCCCAUUUGCAAGUGUCACAUCAGGUACGCCCUGCAACCUGACGGGAGGUCGUGUAUCGAACGGGAUGAAGCCACCACAGAUUCGUCGGACCACAAUGCCACGUCCUUUGCCGAGGUGGACAAACGAGUCAAGAGGAGACUUCUAAUGGAGACCUGUGCAGUCAACAAUGGGGGGUGUGACUGCACAUGUAAAGACACAUCUACGGGCGUGCGCUGCAGCUGCCCCGUUGGCUUCACGCUGCAGCCGGAUGCAAAAACAUGCAAAGACAUCGACGAGUGUGAGCUUCAAAACGGCGGCUGCGAUCACUUCUGCAGGAACACCAUCGGCAGCUUCGAGUGCAACUGCAGGAAAGGCUUCAAGCUGCUGACUGAUGAGCGGUCAUGUCAAGAUAUAGACGAGUGCUUCUUUGAGCGGACGUGUGAUCACACGUGCGUGAACUCCCCCGGUAGCUUUCAAUGUCUGUGCAACAAAGGGUACACCAUGUACGGACUGGCCCACUGUGGAGAUAUAAAUGAAUGUAGCAUGAACAAUGGCGGUUGUGAGCAGGGUUGUGAGAACACCCAGGGUGGAUUUGAAUGCUUCUGCAACCCCGGCCACAAGCUCCACUGGAACAAAAAGGACUGUAUUGAGGCAGAGGGUUUCCCGGCUUCGAAACCCACGUCUAAGCCUACAUUGAACUGUAGCAAGCAGGAGGGAGGCGACCGCUGCUUCCUGACGUGCCAGUCCCAAGUUCACAUCAGCAGCGGUACGGAGGAUUCCUACACCGUGACCUGUGGAAUGCCUCUACCUUGCUUGGCUGACACACAAAAGAACAACAGUGGCUCACAUUGCUUGGGUUCAGAGAUGUCCGGUGUUCCUCGUAUUAAGACCACAGCAACGUUCAAGUCGGGGACGACAAAGUGUAACUUAAAAAGAAGUCAGGAGCGACUCAAAGAGGGCUUGAACUCGGCACGCUCAGACAGCAGGUUCCUCUUCACGGAAAACGUCCAGUUCAGCUACGUGAGCUUGCGUUGCACCUCGUCGGCGCAGCGAGGACGCAGCCGCCAUGGCAGGAAAGCAGCCGACGAAGACAGCUCGUCCAUCACCGCCGAGUUUGAGCUGGAUGUGAACCUAGAGGAGGUAACAGCAGAGAGCUGUGACCUCAACUGUGUGCGACGGCGCUCUGAGAAGAGGCUGAGGAAGACCAUCCGCACGCUGAGGAAGUCCAUCAACCGGGAACAGUUCCACCUUCAUUUUGCAGGCUCGGACUACGAGCUGGCGAAGAAUUUAGCUCAACCUGCUGCUGAAACGCCUGGACACUGUGCCACAGGACAGGUGCUGGUGGGCAGGAGGUGUGUAAGCUGCAAUGUUGGCACAUACUACGAUGGCGACCAGGGGAGGUGUGUACUGUGUCCACCUGGUUCCUAUCAGGAUGAAGAGGGACAGAUGUCCUGUGAGGUCUGCCCUGGACCUGAAGGAAGAGAGGUCGCCAAAGUGUCCGGGGCUCGGAACAUCUCGGAGUGUGGAGGUCAGUGCCCCCCGGGUCAGUACUCCCAUGAUGGCUUCACCCCAUGCCUGCCGUGUCCGCUGGGCUCAUACCAGCCGGAAGUGGGGCGCACCACCUGCUUCCUUUGUGGGGGUAACUUGGUCACCAAGCGCAGUGGAGCUAUCACGUUUCAAGAGUGUGAGACCAAAGUUCAGUGCUCUCCAGGCCAUUACUACAACACGACAACACACCGCUGCAUCCGCUGCCCCAUGGGCACGUUUCAGGUGGAGUUUGGUCAGAACUACUGUGUCGCCUGCCCUGGAAACACCACCACCGAUUUUGACGGCUCCACAAACAUCAUGCAGUGCAAAAACCGACAGUGUGGAGGGGAGCUUGGCGAUUUCACCGGCUACAUUGAGUCCCCCAAUUAUCCCGGGAAUUAUCCGGCCAACGUGGAGUGCACCUGGACCAUCAACCCGCCGCCCAAGCGCAGGAUUCUUAUUGUGGUGCCUGAGAUCUUCCUGCCAAUUGAGGAUGAGUGUGGAGAUUACUUAGUCAUGAGGAAAAGCUCUCUUUCCAACUCUGUGACCACCUACGAAACAUGUCAGACUUACGAGCGUCCCAUCGCCUUCACCUCCCGCUCCAAGAGGUUGUGGAUCCAAUUCCGAUCCAAUGAGGGGAACAGUGGGAAAGGCUUCCAGGUUCCUUAUGUUACAUAUGAUGAGGACUACCAGGAGUUGAUAGAGGACAUAGUGAGAGACGGGAGGUUAUACGCUUCAGAGAAUCACCAAGAGAUUCUAAAGGACAAGAAGUUGAUGAAGGCCUUAUUUGACGUUCUGGCUCACCCACAAAACUUCUUCAACUACACAGCGCAAGAAUCCAGAGAAAUGUUCCCCAAAUCUUUCAUCCGCUUCCUGCGUUCCAAAGUCCUGAGAUUCCUCCGUCCUUAAGGAAGUGCUGAAUGAUGCUUUGAGUUAAAAUAGCUAAAUACAAGCCACAGUUUCAAUGUUUUUUUUUUUGUAGUUAUAUGCUUAAAAUGAGGAUAAAUGAAAGAAAGGAGAAUGGACUUUAUCCUGGACUUCAACAUUCCAGCCUCAGAAAAGCAUCAGGAUCACUUCUGCCACAGUGAAAACGAAGCAACUACAUUAACUUUAUAACCUCUUUAGAUGUAUAAGUCUCAUUAUGAUUUUUAAAGAGGUAUUUACAUCUUAACUGUAUUCAUCUAUUUGAGUAUCGCUAAAACUGCUCAUUGCGGCAUGAUGAGACUUUUGCUAACAGCAUGCUGAAAAGAAGCAAGUAGCAAAGUAAACAUAUACUGAAAGUCAGUGCUAUUGUAUAUAGAGUGUGUACUGUAUGUAGUUUUAACAUCGUAGAGGAGUGACAGCGAUGCUACAAGGGAAAGAAACAAUGAUAGCACACAUGUUGUUCUUGGGAACUUUAGCACUACAAAUCAAAGUAGUGAAACCACAAAAGCAAUUAUCCCGGUGAGUUUUUUUGUAUAUGAUGUAAAAAGUUUUUGGUGAAAUGCUAACGUAUGCUAGCAAUGACAUGUUUUGACAGUAUAGUACUAUCUCUUAUUUCAGAGUUCAAAUAUUUUUAAAAACCUCUCCAAAUUCUGACAAGAGGAAAUAAAUUGUGUCUAAUUAUAAAAUUGGGGCACUUCACCUCAUCCAUCAAAAUGACACAAAAUGCUUGUUUUUUUUAUUUUUUUAUUUUUAUUGAACCAACCAAAGACAGCUGUUGACUCUUUUUGACAAUUCAGAGUAACAGUAAUAUGAGGUAAAUGAAAAGUCUUGUAAAGUAAAAGUGAGCUACUCACCUGUCUUAGACGAUUUGUGUGUGUGUAUAUUUUUAUGGUUUUGUACAUCUACUAUGCUGUAAAUAAAGAUAGAAACCUUACAGU